GUUGUCGAAGAUUUUGCCGACAUAAGCACACCGCUGAAGCAGUUUGUUGAUGCUGUCUACGCACCGUUCAACAUGCCGAAUCGUGAACGUAACUUCGAGGAUAAGGCAGUCAAUCUCGACGAACACACAGCCAAAUGCACGUCCACAGCGCUCAUGGUUGCCAAAUGCGGUCCUUGUAAGAACAAGAAAACCGUUGAGGCAAUCAUUGACACUGCCAACCAUAAAUUUGAUUGA